GCUUCUCGCCGAACAGCGAGCACUUCGACCACGCCUUCACCCAGUUCCUGCGGGACAACAACUACAGGGGCGGGGCCGUGGCCGCCAUGAAGGACGGUCGUCUGCUGCACGCCAGAGGUUACGGCCGUGACCGCCAGGGUCACGAGGUCACGGCGCAUGCGCACUUUCAAGUGUCCAGCAUUGCCAAGUCCCUGACGGCUGUGGCGAUCAUGAGGCUAGUGCAGGACGGAGAGCUCAAGCUAGACGAGAAGGUAUUCGGCGAGAAAGCCCUGCUGUCCUCCAUCAAGCCAUGGCGCCGCGCCGGUGUGGACCCGCGCCUGUAUGAGGUCACCGUGGAGCACCUCCUCAGACACGGCGCCGGAUGGGACACCAACCGGCCGCCCCUCUACGACCCCAUGCUCAACGAGGUGUAUCUCGACAGAGGGCACAAAGUGCCAAACAUCGCCAGAGACAUGGGCAAGCCGUCGCCCCUGUCUUCAAGUGACCUCAUCAGCUACGUGAUGUCACAUCCGCUGGCCUUCACCCCUGGCACAAACGUGGCCUACUCCAACAUGGCGUACCUGGUCCUUGGGAGGGUCGUGGAAGAAGCUUCCGGCAUUGAGUACAGAGACUACGUGAAAAACACAACGACUCGUGGCACUGCGCCGGUUUCCGCACCAACACCCGCGGCGCCCUGUGGCAGGACGCUGACCAACACACCGACGACCUGGUGCUGUACCACGACCUGAACCCUUACCCGGGCACCAAGCACGCCGGGCUGCCCGACACGUGGGUCGUCAUGCUCUACGACAAGAACAUCAACCACAUACGUCACUACACGCGCGAGCUCAUGGCCCUGCUGGGGACGGGCCGGGAGGGAGAGGGAGAUGGAGAGGAGGGAGAGGUAGACGGAGGGGAGAACAGGUUCCUCUACGACCUCUCCGAGCUGCACAAACACCCAAUGUGGGAACCCUGGAAGCUGCAGCGACACGCCCCGGAAUACUGCAUCAGAUAUCGGCUGGACGAGCACCACCUGAGCGCCUACGUGGCGGCGGUUCGGGACGAAGGGUUCGACCUGCAGUGGUUCACCUCCUACAGCCUGCACGGCCACACCUACUUCCUGCUGGUCAGCCGGCGUGCCUCCAGGCCCAAGCGCGCGUCCGUGGACUACAUCUUCCAGCACGGCCUGACGCACCGCUCGCUGCUCAAACGGAAACUACAGCUGGAGGAGAUGGGCUACAACCUCACUCAGCUGCACAGUUACAAGAGUCGCUCGCAUGAGGGGGACCCGGCCUCCUUCGCCGCUGUCUUCCGACCCGACGCCUUCUCCGUGGACACGCAGAUGAAGUACGGCACGGGACACCUGCCGGAGCCUUACGAGAAACUCGUGCAGAUGUACUACGAGAAGAAGUUCUACCCGAUCUCGCAAACGGUCGUCUACCACGACAAGGACGAGCAGUUUUCCUUCAUCUUCGUCAAGCACGCCACCAACGACGAGGAGAGGACGGACUUCAAGCACUACUACGACCUGUCCAGCAAGAAGCUCUCCAAGCUCACGGCGGACAAUGCACGGGCCAACCUGAGACUCACCUACCUCAACUCCUACGACGUGGCGGGGAAGUUCAAGUUCUCCGCCAUUUUCACUAACGGCACACACUCGCGGGGCCUGCUGGAGGUGGAGCAGCCCAAGAACCGCGCCACGGAGAUCACCAUCUCCAACCUCAAAGACGGGCUGGUGCCGCGCUACAUUGUGCCCUACGUGGCCGAGGACAAGCAGUUUAAGCUGGCCAUUUACUAUGAGGAGCUACAGCGGUAUGGCAAUUACGAACCACAAGAUGAUACAUUGCAGAAAACACGACUGCAUUAGGAUGACAUGCUGCCCAAAACAAAAAUCCCCCAAAAUAAACAUAAUAACGUUUUCAUUUUCAAAACCGUGCAAAAAACAACAACAUUACAAAACAGCAAUAACAACAGUGUCAGCAGAAAGGCACGGACAAGAGGCAAAUGGUUAUGAUAUUUGAGGUAUAAAAAACACCCUGGCGAGACCUUCGUGUAAGCCGAUGGAUACUACGAUACAACCGAUCAACAUGGCAAACCCACAAGACUUGACUCCAGAAUCCACUUUUUAUUACUGGUGUUGAAAAAGAAAUCAAAGACAUUCUCGAUUGUUUUAGUAAAGGCAUUGCAUGAUAGAGGUCUCCUUAGCCGAAACAAUUGCCGGCGGCUUCAAUACAUAUAAAAUAUACAACAGUCAUAAGAUGUAGCUUGACAUCUGUGAAAUAACAACCAACCAACGUAUGAACCAUGCCAGAGACACAGUAGACGACAAAUUAUUACAUGCAUUGUGACUCUGAAGCAAUUCCAAGAUUUUUCGGCAGCAGCACGUGUGACCACAAGAACAUUCUCGAUUUAAUCACAUCAUAUAAAUAAACAGUUAGACUACAAAUCAUAAAAUAUUAGUGACUCUUGCAAUGGCCGAUGUAAUAUUUUUUAUCUUCGAGAAGACUAAAUGUCAUUAAUUAUUAUUUUUCAUCAAUGUAAAGUACUAAUAUCUUCAUGCUCCUUGAACUGGCUUCACUGUUAUCUCUUGCAUUGAAUGUUUCUUUAUGAAAAAAAUUUUUGAAUCUUCUGCCAGUACUGCAAAAUAUUCUCAUGAAAUGUCUGUACUAUGGGUGUGAGCACGCGUGCACGAGGCCCAGGGUACGAAAGAGUGAGAGAGAGAGAGAGAGAGAGAGAGAGAGAGAGAGAGAGAGAGAGAGAGAG